GAAUCUAUCCGCCCGCACAAUCUAUUCACCACCUCGGCUGGCAGAGGACGUGAGGUGCCUUCUCCGUUCAUGGAUUUUACGGUUUUACUCGGACGCACGGGACUCCGAUGGCUGUUUGUCUCGCCGUGGGCUCUUAAAAUCAAAGGCUCACUCACUCCGAUGGUGAGUUUUUUGGCGUAGCUAACAGCAGAGCGCGCGAUGGCUGAGCCGCAGGCUUCCGAAUCCGUGGCGGGACCCUUGUACGAGCUCGUCUCCGAGGCGACCACUCCGACCCGGGACGUGGCUGCGGCGGCGGCGGCGCUGAGCAUCAGUGAUACCUACCAGACAUACCUGGACGUGUCGGCGGCUGGGCACCCGGUGUACGGGGCCGAGGGGGUGUACUCUAACGGACGGUACAGGGAGCACAGCAGUCCGCGGGUCUGUACCCGGAACCGCGACAGUUCUGCAGAGAGGUGCACCGGCACCUGGAAUCCACCUUGCGGUAUUAUGAAGGAUGGUUCAAAACAGAGGCAGGCAAGGAAGAAGACUGUCUCAUUUAGCUCCAUGCCAAGUGACCGCAAAAUGAACAGCACAGCCGCCUGCAUGGCCUUCAUGAUGGAAGGCUGUGAGAUGAAGAAAGUUCGCUCCAAUUCUCGAAUGUACAGUCGUUACUUCCUGUUGGACCCUGACAUGCGCUGGCUCCGCUGGGAACCAUCGAAGAAAGACUCAGAGAAGGCAAAGCUUGAGAUCAAGAGCAUCAAAGAAGUUCGAUUGGGAAAGAAAACACCCGUCCUACGCAGCAACGGCCUCUCUGAUCAGUUCCCGGAUGAGUGUGCGUUCUCAAUUAUAUAUGGAGACAACUACGAGUCCCUGGAUCUGGUUGCCAGCACGGCAGAUGUGGUUAGCACCUGGGUGAUGGGACUGCGGUACCUGGUCUCAUAUGGGCGGCACAUGGUGGGCGUAGUCGAACCCAGUCAACCCAGUGUAAGAACGUCCUGGAUUGGGUCCAUGUUUGAGCUAGCUGAUCCAGAAAGGCAAGGACACAUUGACCUGUUCCGGGCCACCCAAAUCAUCAAGGGUCUCAAUCCUGGCAUGAGGGAGUCUCGUAUUGAACUGAAGUUCAAAGAGCUACAGAAGGCCAAGGACUGCUAUGGUGAAGGCAUUGAUUUAGACAUAUUUGUAGAGGCCUACUGUGAACUGUGCACACGUCCUGAGAUCUUUUUCUUGCUAGUGCAGUUCUCCAGCAACAAAGAGUACCUGGACUCCAAGGACUUGAUGCUCUUUGUGGACGUGGAGCAGGGAGUCGAGGGAGUCACCGAGGAAAUGUGUCGGGAGAUUGUGCGCAAAUUCGAACCCUCCGUUGAAGGACGUGACAAUGGCUACUUGUCCAUAGAUGGCUUCACACACUACCUCCUGUCAUCCGAGUGCCAUAUUUUUGACCCACAGCACAAACAUGUUUGUCAGGAUAUGGCACAGCCCCUUUCACACUACUACAUCAACUCUUCUCACAAUGCCUCACUUUUGGAAGAUCACUAUUGGGGCUCAUCAGACCUCAGCAGCUACGUUCGGGCUCUACGCAUGGGUUGUCGAAGCCUGGAGGUUGUAGUCUGGGAUGGCGUUGACUGUGAGCCCGUGGUCUAUGUCCGUAGCUCUGUUGCCUCCCAGCUGGCAUUUUGUAAAGUUGUAGAUGUCAUUAACCAGUAUGCCUUUGAGAGUUCAGAGUAUCCACUAAUCCUCUGUCUUGUCACACACUGCAGUGUUCCCCAGCAGAGGGUCAUGGCUCAACACCUGAAGAAGAUCCUUGGGGACAAACUGCACAUUGAGCCUCCCAAUAUGGAGGAUCACUACUUGCCCUCCCCUGAAAAACUCAAGGGAAAGAUACUCAUCAAAGGAAAGAGCCUGCCUUCAGACUCGCAAGAUUCUGAAGGGGAGGUUACGGAAGAAGAAGAAGGCUUUGAGAUGUCCAGGAGAAUGAUGGGUGGAGACGAUAAGGACCAGCUCAAUGGGAUUGGCUGCAAACGGUUACGACUCUGCAAAGAACUUUCUGACCUAGUCACCCUCUGCAAGUCUGUUCAGUUCCGCGACUUUGAGACAUCGAAACGGGAACAGAAGCAUUGGGAGAUUUGCUCCUUUAAUGAAGUUGAUGCCAACCGCUUUGCCAAUGAGUUUCCUGAGGACUUUGUCUCCUACAAUAAGCGAUUUCUGUCACGGGUGUACCCUACACCCAUGCGCAUUGAUGCUAGCAACAUGAAUCCACAGGACUUCUGGAAGUGCGGUUGCCAAAUUGUGGCCAUGAAUUACCAGACUCCAGGUUUGAUGAUGGAUUUGAACCUUGGUUGGUUUAGGCAAAACGGCAACUGCGGCUAUGUCCUGCGUCCAGCCAUAAUGCGUGAGGAGGUGUCGUAUUUCAGUGCCAAUGCUCGUGACUCACUUCCUGGAGUCUCAGCCCAACUUCUCCACAUCAAGGUGAUCAGCGGUCAAAACCUACCAAAGCCUCGAGGCUCAGCUGCUAAAGGUGACGUGGUAGAGCCGUACAUCUACGUGGAGAUCCAUGGAAUUCCUGCAGACUGCGCAGAACAACGCACAAAAACUGUCUCUCAAAAUGGUGACAAUCCGAUUUUUGAUGAAAGCUUUGAGUUCCAGAUCAACCUUCCCGAAUUGGCUGCUUUGCGUUUUGUUGUCCUUGAUGAUGACUACAUUGGCGAUGAAUUUAUUGGCCAGUACACCAUUCCUUUUGAGUGCCUGCUUCCUGGUUACCGGCACGUACCACUGCAGUCACUUACAGGAGAGUUUUUGCCUAACACUACACUGUUCGUUCACGUUGCCAUUACAAAUCGGCGAGGUGGGGGCAAGGCCCAUAAGAGGGGUCUCUCUGUAAGAAAGGGUCGUAAAGCAAGGGAAUACACCUCCACUAAGACCACAGGGAUCAAAGUGGUAGAUGAGCUCUUCAGGGCAUCAACCCAGCCACUACGGGAAGCAACAGACCUACGGGAAAACGUGCAGAUGAUCCAGACGAGUCGCACACUGAUCGAAUCAGCCGAUGGCGUGUACUCUAAACUUACACAAGCACAGCGAGCAGGAUUGGACUUUCAUGAGGAUCUGCAUCGGAUCGGGGCAAGAGAGGGACUGAAAGGGAGGAAGUUACAGAAGGCCAUGGAGAGUUACGCUUGGAACAUCACUGUGCUGAAGGGUCAGGCAGACUUGUUGAAGCAUGCAAAAGGAGAAGCGGCAGACACUUUGCGACAGAUUCACUGUGCUGCUCACUCGUGCGGCUUGGCCAAGAACGGAGCCUCCACAUCCCCUGCCUCACCUCUUCUGCCACCCCACGCAAGGCUCCUGCACACCAUCCACGAGACUGAGCCGGACAACACCACCCUGCACUGAGAGAGACGAAGAGAACAAUUAUCAUCCUUUUUUUUUUUUAGUUGAUCCAUAUUGUGAGGAAAGGUGGUCUUCGCCACUUUAGACCAGGGAAAGGGAGCCGUAAAGGAAAGAGUCAGGUGGGUUGAAUCAGUAAAGGACAAACAGGAGACAGUUUAACUUUGAUCAGUGUGCUUUACUCUCUUCCCAGCUCCGCCAUGCCUGCUGGGCUCAGGUCUUACAUUGGUAUCCCCGGCGUGGAGUCGUGUUUUAAAGGAUUAUAGUGACCUGCUCUCCUGUGAACACAGCUGCUGUUGCAAAUUAGCUGUGAUCACUUACUCUAACCACGACUCCAGUCAAAAGCCCCAAAUCUCAAUCAUAUUCAGUCAUUUAAAGUGAUAAAUUAAAAUUCUGUCAUUUACUCACCCCAAAGUCAUUCCAAACCUGUAUGACUUUCUU